UUUUGGGAAAGUUCCUCUCCUCUCCUCUCUCCAUAAUAAUGUGUCUAAUAAGGUCCCGUUCACUUCACCUUAUUUUUACAUUUGAAAAAUAUCUUUUCUUUCAUUGUUUACAAAAUAAUUCAAAAGUGCAUGUUAAUACGAACUUCCCAUUUGAUAAUUAUUAGUUUACAAAUAUAGCUAAAAGGAAAAAAAUUACAGGUGUAAUAAACCAAUAAAAAAUACUCCGUAUUAAAAAAAUAAACAAAGUGAAAACCUUUAUAUUUUGUUGACUUGUUGAGAAAAAUAAUUAAAAAAAAAAGUAUUCCUUGCUAUAAAAUGGCUUGGUAUUUAUCUCCAUUAUCACAUGUGCGAGCUCUGCCUCAGCUACAUCUACGCCAAACGUGCUGUAAAAACGUGCCAACUCACCCGCCAAUAUUCUCGUUUCUCUCCUACCAUACUUGUUCUCCAUAUUCCUCCCAUAAAUACCGAGUUGAGUCAACUCAUUUCACAGAACACUCGAAAAAUCAGAACACCAAGAACAAAAUGGAAGAAAUUGCUGCUAAUCCUGCCAUUUUACGCGCCGAAUUCUAUCAACUUCUUCGCAGCCGACGAAUUGAAGUUCCUUUGAGAGUCGAACCUGCAAAGCCUGUAACGGAUCCAAUGUAUCAAGGGAGUCCGUCACCACCACCUCCAAGUUUCCAGGAGGCUAUGAAAUCUUGUCCUAAAGCAGAUAUUGACAAUCUUAAGGAUCUCCUUGUUGAAGAAAAUAUAUACUUACACACCGAGGCCUCUGCGCAAGGAUGUUUACCAAUUUUGAUUCUGAGCAUGAGGCGAACUAGUUAUCUGCCAAAGAGACCAGCUGUUGUUAUCCUGCACAGCACGAAUAAGUGCAAAGAAUGGGUUCGACCUUUGCUUGAGGCUUACGCCUCACGCGGCUAUGUUGCUGUUGCCAUUGAUUCCCGUUAUCAUGGUGAACGUGCUAAUAGUCCAACAACCUAUAGUGAACAGGCACUUGUAUCAUCAUGGAAAAACGGUGACACUAUGCCAUUUAUAUUCGAUACGGUAUGGGAUCUGAUAAAGUUGGCUGAUUAUCUUACUCAUCAUAGGGAUGAUAUUGAUCAUGCAAGGAUUGGAAUCACUGGCGAGUCACUUGGAGGAAUGCAUGCGUGGUAUGCUGCCUUUGCUGACACACGCUAUGCUGUGGUUGCACCUAUCAUUGGAGUUCAGGGGUUUCGGUGGGCCAUAGACAAUGACAAAUGGCAGGCUCGUGUAGACAGUAUCAAGUCUGUUUUUGAAGAAGCCCGUGUUGAUUUGGGCAAGAGUGUUAUAGACAAAGAAGUCGUAGAGAAGGUUUGGGACAGGAUUGCUCCUGGUCUGGCUUCAAAGUUUGAUGCACCUUACACAAUCCCGGCAAUAGCUCCUCGUCCUCUGGCAAUUUUGAAUGGUGCUGAUGAUCCUCGAUGUCCCCUUGCCGGUCUAGAUAUACCUGUAUCAAGAGCAGAGAUGACAUAUAAAGCAUAUCAUCACAGUAAUUAUUUCAAGCUCAUAGCAGAACCUGGAAUAGGACACCAAAUAACACCGGCCAUGGUCAAAGAAGCUAGUGACUGGUUUGACAGAUUUCUGUAGAGCAAGCAUGAAGGUGUAUGAUGAUUCUGAAUUGCUUAAAUUCAACCGAAUAAAUAAAUUGAAUUCAUACAUGAUGCUUCCUCAAAUAAUGAAGCAGCUAAAUCUGCAUCUUAAAGCUGUGUAUUUCUCAUUGAUGAUGUGCCAAGUGAACUGUAUUAUCAUUGCUGUCAGGUGUAUUAUUAUGUCCUUAAGGUUCCAUUUCUUUGGUUUUACUUCUUAUGUUCUUUCCUUUUCAUUUUAGUUAUAAUUUUGGUACACUGGAAUAUAGAGAACUUUAUUUGUAAGAUUAAUUUCAUUAAUAAAUAAACCAGUGGAUCAUCUCUGGUCUAGUUCUACUA